AUAAGGCAAAACAACAUUUUAUGUUUCAAUACAUUUUCGAAAUCUCUCUCUCCCCCUGAGACGUUCCGCAUACCCAAAAGGUGACGAUGCCCCCAAGAUCGGAUCUUCAUUCUCUUUGAAUUUCUCACUCCCUAUGGAUUCUCUCCCUGAUGCCAUUCUUCAAUGCAUCUUGUCACGUAUUUGUAAUGCUCGCGAUGUGGCUUGUUGUAAUUGUGUUUCUAAGCGAUGGAAGGAGUCGAUGCUUCACAUCAGAACUCUGUACUUCCCUCGCAACUCGCUUGAUAACACUUCGGCUGGUGAGAGUCCGGAAGAGGUUGUGAAAAGAAUGGUAUCAACAGUUGUGAAGCUAGACCAUCUAAUUGUAUACAGCCCCUUCUCAUCUUCUGGCCUUGCUUCAUGGCUAUCACUAGUUGGUCUAUCUCUUUCACAGCUUGAGCUUCGAUUGGACAACCUUGCUGACGAACAAUCCUACCACGAAGGCCCUUCAAAAUUGGAUUGCAUCGGUGCAGCAAGGAAUUUAAAAUGUCUCAAACUCUGGGGUGUCUUAAUGUCACGUUCCCCGGAAUGGGAUGUUUUUGACAAUCUUAGGACACUAGAAAUGAUUGGUGUAAGAUUGGAGGAACCUGCAUUGGUUGCGGUGCUUCAGUCAUGCCCAUAUCUGAGAAGGUUUGUACUGCUUGGCUGUGAAGGGGUUAGAUCAAUCUCAAUUGACCUUCCCUAUUUGGAGCAGUGUAAACUGGAUUUCUAUGGUUUGGGAAACUGUUCACUGACACUAACCUCAUCCAAAAUUGUAUCUCUUGAGGUACAAGGUUGCAGUUGGAUUAGGGUUCCUGAAUCCCAGCAUUUGAAGAAUCUUUCAAUAUCCAAUAGUGCAGGGAGAGUUUACAUGGUUGAGUUUGGAAACCUUCCAGCUUUGGAGUUCCUGUCUAUGAGGGGGGUUCAGUGGUGCUGGGAUGCAAUAUGCAAAAUACUGAAAUUGGCAAGUGAGGUGAAGCAUCUUUUUAUGAAGGUGGAAUUCACUGGGAACUUCGAGGCUCUUCAACCCUUUCCCGAGGUUGAUUUUGUUGAUUUUUUCAACAGCCAUCCCCACCUGCGCAAAUUUGACAUCCAUGGAGCCAUGUUUGCAGCACUUUGUCAGAGAAACAGUCUGAAACAUGUGGAUCCGGGAUUUUUAAUUCCAUGUUUGGAGGAGGUUGUGAUCACAGUGAGAUCACCACUAAAUGCUGAACAAAAAAUGAAUACUCUUGAAUCCAUGUUGAAAUACGGCAAAAAUCUAAGGACCAUGGUUAUCAAGAUUCUUCAGAUGAAGAGCACUCAUAACAGUGCUGAUGAUUUUUUUGAUGAGAUUUGCCGGUUUAGAUACAUGAACCACAAGAUAGUUCGAAUAGAAUAAAGAUUAGAAAAUCUUUCUGCAUUUUUAAUGCAGGAAAUUGCGUGCUGGUUUCCAAUUUCACUUUUGAGGAGCUUAUGAUUUUGAUUGUCUUUUGAAAAUUGAUAACCUCCCAUUUUGGGGAGUGAAUGCUUUA